AUGUCUACAGACACCAGGUCUAGUCUUCUAAGCACAUUGCCCAAGGAUAUACCAGCAAGCUUUCUGAAGCAAAUCACAAAUGAUUUCUCUCCUAAGCUAGAACUUGGUAAAGGUGCAUUUGGAACAGUCUACCAGGGAAUUGCGGAGAAUGGGGAAAUGAUUGCUGUGAAGAAACUUGGGGAAAAUUGUCCUGUGGCGGACAAAACAUUCAGUAAUGAGGUACAAAAAAGUUGGACAGAUGGCCACAUAUCAUCCAAGUACACAUCAUUUGAUCCAGAUCGCCUCCAGCAAAUUAAAAUGUGUGUUGAAAUUGGGUUACAAUGUGUGGAACAUGAACGCAAGAUGAGACCUUCCAUAGCGGAUAUUGUUGAAAAGCUCAAUGCAAUGCUGGAAUGA